GCCCGCGUGGCUGCGUACAUGUCGCAAUAAAGUUUGCAGCUGAGCCGGUGAUCCAUUAACGCGAAGGACGCUGCGGCGGUGUCCUCAUCGGCGAGCUCAAUCUCCCUCCUGAUAUAAAGGUGUUGCACAGGUUACAUAAUAGCAACUCAGGAAUAUUUCUUCAGCUACUAGCUCUAGCUAAGCUCGCAUUCGUGGUCAGUGUUCCGGAUCGAGCCAAUGGCGGCCACGACCGAUGAAUCAGGAGCUAUCGGCGCGGCUCUCGGGAGCGCGGUCCCAUCGCCGCCGGCGUCGGAGGCGGCGAAUGCGAAGGACGCCGAGAAGCUCCGAUUCAUCGAGGAGAUGACCUCUGACGUGGUCGUGGACUCGGUGCAGGAGCGAGUCUUGGCCGAGAUCCUCGGCCGGAACGCUGGCGCGGAGUACCUCAGCAACUGCGGCCUCAACGGCCACACCGACUGCGCCACGUUUCGGGCCAAGGUGCCGGUGGUGUCGUACGACGCCCUGCAGCCGUACAUCCAGCGCAUUGCCAACGGAGACCGGUCGCCCGUCCUGUCGAGGCACCCCGUCUCCGAGUUCUUCACCAGCUCCGGCACGUCCGCCGGCGAGUGCAAGCUGAUGCCCACCGUCGAGGACGAGCACGACCGCCGCCAGAUGCUCUCCAGCAUCUUCAUGGCGAUUAUGAACUUAUGCUGUGCGGCCUGUGUUCCAGGCACUCUCACCCCACGGGUCACCGACGCGUCUGGGACGAGUGCUGCAACGACGACUGGGACGAGUGCUGCAACGGCGACUGGGCCGGACCCCGACCUGUCGCAGUUCGUACGGGACGAGUGCUGCAACGGCGACUGGGCCGGCAUCGUCACCCGCAUUUGGCCCAACACCAAGUACGUCGACGUCAUAGUCACCGGCGCCAUGGCGCAGUACAUCCCGAUCCUGCGACACUACUGCGGCAACCUGCCGCUGGUGAGCGGCACGUACGGAUCCUCGGAAUGCUAUUUCGGCAUCAACCUCCGCCCGCUCUGCGACCCGUCCGAGGUGGCGUACACCGUCAUGCCCAACAUGGGCUACUUCGAGUUCCUCCCCAUGGACGACGAGGCCGCGGGCGACGGCAAGGCGGCGUCGGGAAAGCUCGUUGACCUCGCCCGCGUGGAGGCUGGGCGCGUGUACGAGCUGGUGAUCACCACCUACGCCGGGCUGAACCGGUACUGCAUCGGCGACGUGAUCCGCGUGGCGGGGUUCCACAACGCCACGCCGCAGUUCCACGUCGUGCGCCGCAAGAACGUGCUGCUGUCCAUCGAGCUCGACAAGACGGACGAGGCGGAGCUGCAGCGCGCCGUGGAGCGAGCCUCGGCGCUGCUGCUCCGCCCACGCGGCGCGUCCGUGGCGGAGUACACCAGCCACACGUGCACCAGGGGCAUCCCGGGGCACUGCGUCAUCUACUGGGAGCUGCUCGUCACCGGCGCCGCGGUGGACAAGGAGACCCUCGACGGGUGCUGCCUCGAGAUGGAGGAGGCCCUGAGCAUAGUGUACAGGCAGAGCCGGGUGGUGGACGGCUCCAUUGGGCCACUCCAGAUCCGCGUCGUCCGUCCCGGCACCUUCGAGGAGCUCAUGGACGAUGCUAUCUCACGCGGCGCCUCCAUUAACCAGUACAAGGUGCCCCGCUGCACCACGCUCCCGCGCAUCGUCGAGCUCCUCGACUCGUACGUCGUGUCCAGCCACUCCAGCCCUGUCCUGCCGCACUGGACACCGGUGCGGCGUUCCUGACAAAUAAAAAUGAACUCCCAAUGUGAAGCAUCCUGAAUAAUUGGGGAUUUUCUCUACUAGGAUGAUGAGGAACACUAGCUAAGAUAUUGUAAGAACAAGACAAUAAUUUUGGGUAUUAUGGCCUUC